AUGGCGUGUGCGACUCUAAAAAGAAAUUUGGACUGGGAGUCCAUGGCACAGAUGCCUGCUAAAAGGCGAAGAUGUUCACCAUUUGCGGCUAGCUCAAGCACAAGUCCUGGAAUAAAAGUGUCUGAAACUAGACCCUCGUCAUUUGGAGAGGCCGUUACGGCACCUGCGAAACUGACCCCAGAGCGAAUGGCACAAGAGAUAUGUGACGAGAUCAAACGUCUGCAACGUCGCCGACAGCUGCGACUGACAAACGCGGCCGCGUCGUGCUCGUCGUCCAGCGGCUCGGAGGGCGACUGCUCGCCUCCCCAUCGCUCUUCACACAACAUACAGAAAGUACACCAUCGUGCGCUUUUUACUUUCAAACAGGUGCGCAUGAUCUGCGAGAGAAUGCUUCGUGAUCAAGAGGUGGCGCUGCGAACGGAAUACGAGUCGGCACUCAGCACCAAGCUCGCUGAACAAUACGAGGCCUUCGUGCGCUUUAACCUGGACCAGGUGCAGCGCAGACCCCCGCCCGCCACGUGCAUGCCGCUCGGCAUGGACGCCGAGCAUCACAUGCAUCAGGACCUCGUCCCCAGCUAUCUGUCCUAA